AUGCGAAAACGCCUUGUCAUCUUCUCUUAUUACAUCGGGGGAAAAAGAAGAAGAAGAAGAAAAAAAAAACAAUAAUAAUUACUUUCCUCAAAUUUGAAUCUUGCAAAAAAGAAGGUGAAUAAAGCUGGAGAAGUAAACCCAAAGUCACCCAAAUUUCUCCUCAUAUCACUCCUCCUCAGAUUGUGAUGUCUCCAAUCCUGUCCAAAAAAUGCUAGAGAAUCCCAAAAAAGCUCUCAUGUAUUUCUCCCGCUGCUUCUCCGAUCUCGACUGGCGGCUCCUCCUCCUAGUCAUCCCUCCCCUCUCUCUCAUAGUCUUCUUCUCACUCUCCUCUGCCCCCACCAAUCCCCUAUCCCCAAUCCGAUCCUUCAUUAUCGGCCGUACGAUCCUGCAGCCCCAGCACAACGUAACAGCCAACUCAACUGACGUCGUCGCGUCCUGGAAGGAUGAACUGGAUCGGUCGAGAAUUGCGGUGUGCUUGGUGGGUGGGGCCCGGAGGUUCGAGCUCACCGGGCCGUCCAUAGUGGAGAAGAUUCUGAGAGAGUAUCCGAAUUCGGAUCUUUUCUUGAAUAGUCCGAUGGACCCGAAUGCCUUCAAGUUCUUGCUUCUGAAGACCGCGCCGAGGCUCGCGUCCGUCAGAAUUUUCCGGCCAAAACCAAUGGCCGAGUCCGAGUUGCAGCUCCGAGUCUUAACCGCCCACAACUCGCCCAAUGGCAUCCAGGGUCUUUUGCAAUAUUUCAAUCUGGUGGAAGGCUGCCUGACUCUAAUUCAAGAAUACCAAAAGCAGAACAACUUCACCUACGACUGGAUAGUCCGAACCCGAGUCGACGGGUACUGGAACGCCCCACUCGACUCGAAAUUCUUUGUACCGGGCAAGUACCUAGUCCCACCCGGUUCCAACUAUGGCGGACUCAACGACCGACUUGGAAUUGGGGACCUCAACAGCUCCACAGUGGCCCUCUCUCGCCUCUCGCUCAUACCCCAGCUCGACGCUGCUGGGUUGCACCAGCUCAACUCGGAGACGGCGUUCAAGGCCCAGCUCACCACCCAAGGGGUUACUUCCGUCACAAAACGACUCCCGUUUUGCAUAGUUACAGACCGCAAGUAUGAUUUCCCGCCAGCGCGUUUUGGAGUUCCGGUUGCAGCCCUGUCGAGCCCGGGCCCAUUGAGCGGGGCAAAAUGCAGGCCUUGCAAGCCGGUGUGCCAAGGCCCGUGCGUAGGGGACGUGAUGGAGCGCCUGUUCAAAGGGUGGAGCUGGACUGACUGGGCCAACGGGACGCUCCAGCUUUGUGAUGCGCAUGGGGAUUGGGAGAAGGGUUGGGAGAAGAUAUUUGAUAGAGUAGCUGGGAAGAAAAAGAGUGCCGAGCGAAAACGAGUUUGGAGUUUGACGGUGGAGAAGUGCAUUGCUGAUUUUAAUCAGAUGAGAAACCGGACCGGAAUCUGGGACACGCCGCCCGUGGAUGAGAUUUGUAGGAUAGGAGUCACUUCCGGUCCCAAGUGAAGCUACAAGCUCCUUAAAGAACAAGAAACUAACCAAAACAAAAAAAGCAUACAAGCACAGGCUCCUUUAAAGAGAAGGCAUAGAGAGAGAUUUUUGGCUGAUGUAGAAUUUCUCUUCGGUUGUAGUGUAUAUUAUUGUUGUGAUUUUUUCAAACAAAAAAAUAAUAAUAGUUUACCGACUUUACGGUACAUUACAGAUGAA